AUGAAGAUCGCCACGACCUUGUUCCUUUUCGUAGUUGUCGGAUGCACGUGGCGGGAGACGCUAGGGACGUGCGUGUUUCAGUCGGACUUUGGUUUUGCGUUAAACUGCGCCUUCAAAAAGUCCGGCCUCUUUCGGGUACGAAAUCUUGGAGGCGUCAAAGGCUACGUCGGCCUGGGAUUUUCCGUCGGCGAUGAGUUGGGCUUUAGUCAAUCGCUGUCUAAUGUAGAAGCUACAAAAAGGAGAAGUGUAUCUACUAGGGGAAGUGGGCAAACCUACACUAAUGCGGCUUCGAAUCGCGACGAAGUCAGACAGCACGUACAGAACACUCGACAAGUGGUGCCUCCGUUCAAACCUUUGCCCCCUGGCGCGGCUCGACCAAUUGCCCAGCAACCGGAACGCCAGAAAUUGGUUGUCCAGCAGAACACCACGGUCCUAAGGACCGAUCUGACGAGGCAGCAACAGCAAUUGGCGCAACAGGAAGCGAAACAGAAGCAGCAACAGCAAUUGAUACAGCAGGAAGCGAAACAGAAGCAGCAACACAGAUUGCAGCAGGAGGCGUUCGCGUUGCAGGUGCUGAAGCAACAACGACUACAGCAACAGGAGGCUACGAGGCAGCAGCAGUUGCAGAAGAUACAACAACAACAACAACAGCAACAAUUAGUGGCGCAACAUCAGAAGAGGCAUCAACAGAUGCUCACGGUGCAGGUGAAGAGGGAUCAGACACCGCAGAUGCUCGCAGUUGCAUCCGCAGUGCCAGGAAAGCUGCCCAACAUCGUCGCUGCUAUUCCGCCAGCCGGAAGCAUAAUGGAACAGGACUCCGCAUCCAAACCUAUAAUUGCAAGCAGUGGUCUGCCCCCUUUCCUCUCGAUGCCACAAUCGUCAGCACAGUUGACCGACCGUAUUAGUCAUAGCCCCACUAUCUUGGAAGACGCUGAUAAUGAAGUAUCGAAAGACGAUUUAAAUCAGGUAAUCCUUUUUUUUCCAUUGCCUGGAGACGAGGCAGCUUCAUCCGUGAACGAAAUGACAUUGCUCUCUCUCCACCCAGUCUCCUCUGAAAGUAGUCAAGCCAUGGCGCAGCAACAAACGGACAAAAGACAAUCGUUACCAUCGUCUCUGCCAUCUCUAGCUCCUAUUCAAGGAAUGGAAACGUCUUUGAAGGCUCUAGCGGAAGCUAGUAACAUUACUCUCGAAGCUCUGGAAGCGGCUAUUUUACUUAGACAACAGCAACUGCUGCGUAAACAGCAGGGACCGGCGAGUACGACUACGAGCACUACGACAACGAUGUCUCCUCCCAAAAAUAAAUAUAAUUCUGGAGCCACUAAAGUAAUGAACGCGCCAAGAGAAUACUAUCCGUUAGGCUACGACAAGAACUUCGAUGACAAUUUCGCCAGUCGCGUUGAUCUUCCAGACACGAGCUUUUACUGCGGCGAUCAGAAGCAUUUCCCGGGGCUCUACGCUGACGAAGACCUUGGAUGCAUGGUAUUUCACGUCUGCGCGCUGACAGACGAUGGGCUGAUCAUGAAGAGUUUCCUGUGUCCUGAAUCGACAUUAUUCGAUCAGACUAUCCUGAAAUGCAAUUGGUGGUUCUACGUCGACUGCAAGUCCUCGAAAGGCCUGUACGACAGUAAUAUCCCUAUUAGCAAGAGUUACCAGCUCAUGAAAGCUCUCGCGUUCUUCUCAGCGUACAAAAACCACGAGAAUAGUACAACCAAUGCUCAAGAAAGCUCAGACAUUAAUAGCUCCUGA